UGCUAUGCGUGCGAGUGAUCAAGAUUAGCAUUUAGCUCCUCCUCAUGAAUUAUGGUGUCUUUCUGCCUCUCUCUUCUUCUUCUUUUUUCACUUUAAGUCCUCUUAUCUCUAGGGUAAGUUUGAGGUUCUUUCUUUUCAGUUUUAUUAAGCCCUUACAAAGGUGAGAUUUUUGGUCCACACACAGAGGACAAUGUCAGUUUGAGUUCUCAAUGCUCUAUCUUCUCGGAAAAUUGAUAUAUCCCGGUAGCCGAAGCUCCUUACAAUUGUUUGAAACUGUGUUUGGAUGAACUUUUAUUUUGCUUUAAGAAGGGGAGAAAGUUGUGCUACUAAAUGUGCAAGUGGACAAGAUUAGCAUUUAGCUCCUCCUCCUCGUCAACUAUGGUGUCUUUUUGCCAUUUUUUACUUUAAGUCCUCUCUGGGGAAAGUUUGAGGUUCUUUCUUUUCAAUUUUUUUAAAGAAGGUAAAAAGGAAUUUAGGUGAUAGGGAGCCUUUGACUAUGAGCUUCAGGUUUCACUUGUGGAGCUGUGAUAUAGUGGAGAGUGGAGACCUAACUUCAUCCAAGCCUAUUGUAGAACUGUUUGAGCUUAUAGUUUUACUAUGAAAAGAAUAACUUUAGGUUUCACACUGUGUGCUAGUAGCAGGUUAUUGGAUUGAAAAAUAUCUGUUCCAUAAGCCAGUCAAAGUGAGCACUUGGAAAAUUGAUUUGCAGAUGAACAACCAAAAUCUGAGGAAUCACCUUUGGAGAUAAAGGAUGCACAAAAAGAAACUACAAAGAAGAUUUCACAGUCAUCCACUAUUCUUUGACAUUACAAUGGGGUUGUUGGGUCAGAUAAUAAAUUCAAGGCUUUUUACAACGGUGAGGGAUUCACUUGGGUUAACAUAUGAUGUAUCAUUUGAAUUAAACCUGUUUGAUCGGCUAAAGCUUGGGUGGCAUGUCAUCUCAAUUACAUCAACACCCGGAAAGGUGUGUAGAGCUGUUGAUGCUUGCAAGAAUGUCCUCAGAGAUUUGCGUAGCAACAAGAUUGCCCAGUCAGAGUUGGACUGGGCAAAACGGACCCUGUUGAUGAGACAUGAGGCUGAAAGUACGUUGAAUGCAUAUUGGCUGGAAUCGUUGGCUCACCUGCAAGCUGCUUCUAACAUAUCAUGCAUUAAAGAUCUAAAUUCUCUAUAUGAAGUUGUCACGGUCGAUGACAUUUACCUUGCCUAUGAUCAGUUGAAAAUUGAUGAAAGUUCCAUGUAUUCUUGUGUUGGCUUUGCUGGGGCUCAGGUUGUAGAAGAGAUUUUUGAUAAAGAAGAUCUUUGUAGUUGUGUUAUCUGGUUUUCCUUCUUCAUUGACUGUGGUGUGCACAACUAA